AUGGACGUUGGAAUACACAUAUUUGCGUUUGUGCUUACCCUCAUGUCAAGUAAACUAAAGCACGGCAUGCCAUCUAUUGCAUUGCGGGCAGCGCGGUACUUCCGCACGUUUGAUUUAAAGCACAGUUGCCGCACACAGCCAUACACAUGGUACUUUUCAUUAUGCUUACUCUUUAUUAGUUGGGCCAACUGCGCGCAGUACAAGCGGCUUAAGCCCAUGUACCCGAACUACGAGGAUUAUUGCGUCAAAGAGGGUGGUAGGAUGUUGGAGGCAAAGCGGCAGGAAAUGGCGGACGUGAGGCGGUACAAUAGCAUGGUGAGUACAAUGCGCAGCGAAUUGGGUGGACGGAGUUGA